UCUAUUAUUUUCAAUGUUUGACAUUACCUUCAAAUAUCUUGUUCAGAAUCUCACGUAUGGUUAAUCAUUUGUUCUUCAAUUCCUUUCAAUAUUAAUUUUUCGCUGAUUCAUUUGCAUAUACAAGAUUUUAUUGCCCAAAUUGAUGAAAUAUUAUAACAUGUAUCAAGAGAUGGCAUUUCGAAAUUUUUUGUCAAGACACUUAUAAAGUAGAAAUUAAUGUAUACUAAUGUUUUACUAUUUUGUUCAUUUACAACUUAAAUACCGAGUUAUUUCUAGAAACUCAAGGCCUCGAUAAGCAUUCUAUUUGUUCCAUAAUUGAGUCAUAAGCAUCAUCUGAAAUGUGAAGUAUAAUAAGAAGUUAAACUGAGAUACUGUAACUACAUACGAAUUAUCAGAACAUUAGAAAAAAGGAUGUAGUUCCUAAGAUAACCGUAAGUCUGGUUUAAUAAGAAAAAUAUUGUUAUCGAACGGAGUGGUAUUAAUACACGACCGACUCAUAUAAAGCGUAUCAAGUUACAUCUAAACUGACAUACCAAUGAAUAUAUAAUAUCGUAGUAUGAAAUCAAUGCUCUCUCUGUUAACAAUUAUUUGAUUAUAAACGCUUGUAAGAAAAUCUGUAUUUCAAUUCUACAUAGAUUACAAUGUAAAUUGACUUUUUAUAUUUUACUGUAUCAACAUAAUUUAAUACAUGUAUCUUCUAUGCAUAUAAAAGAGAACAGAUAAAUAUCACAGGUUUAUUACAAUAAUAUAAAAAUUAAAUUUAAUCGGAGGAUUCAUUUUCCCAAUUUGCUGUUUCUGCUGUUUCUUCUAGUUACAAGACAAUUGUAACAAAAGAACUUUUUAAUUACUGUUGACAUAUAUCCUGGAAUUAUCAAAUUGAAGUGAUAUCGACUGCACAUAAAUACAUGUAUUCAUUUAUUGUAAUGAGACAAAGAAACAUUCAUUCACUGCCUACUCUGCUUAAUCUACACUGUAGAUUCUGUAGUGAAGUUUAUUCUGAAUCUUGUAAGUUGAACGUUCUUUAUGAUGGCUCUACGCACAUAUUCGCCUGCAAGUCUUAUAAGUAUCAAAGUGUCACUUUUUGUUUUCUCAUAAAAGUUGCGUUGCAGUAUUAAGUGAACAAAUUAAUUAGAUCGUCUUCUGCAAAGAAUAAAUUCUACAAACUUAAUUACUGAUAACAUGUCAGUCAAAACAUUAUCGCUUGCAUCAAACAUUACACGAAUCCUAAAGGGACAGUGUAUUCUCCGAUCAUCUAUUACUUUUCAACAAAUUCGACGGCUACAAGUACACGAGCAUGUUGCAUAUACUGUGUUGAAAAAAGCUGGAAUUCUGACCCCGCCGUUUAAAGUAGCUAAAACUCCAGAUGAGGUCGUUAAUGUGAUUAAAGACCUAGAUAUAAAGGACAUCGUUCUUAAAGCUCAAGUCCUUACUGGGGGUCGAGGAAAAGGACAUUUUAAAGGUACCAAUGUUAGCGGUGUUGUUAUGUGUGAAACGCCUGAAGAAGCAAAGGAUAUAGCCAGUAACAUGAUAGGUAAAUUUUUAAUAACAAAACAGACUGGAGAAGAUGGACGGAUUUGUAAUUCAGUAAUGGUGACAACUAGAAUGUACCCCCGCAAAGAAUAUUAUUUAUCAGUUAUGUUGGAACAAAGCUUCGAUGGAGCAGUUGUAAUCGUCUCUAAGCAAGGUGGUGUUAAUAUUGAGGAAAUUGCUGCUACAAAUCCUGAAGCUAUAUCGUAUAUUCCAGUUGAUGUUAUGAAGGGUCUCUCGGUUGAACAAGCAAAUAAAAUUACAGAUAUUUUGGGUAUAAAAGGAGAGGACAAACAAAUUAUUUCAACUAUCGCUUGCAAUCUUUAUGAGUUGUUUAUUGAAAAGGACGCUUUGUUGCUUGAGAUAAAUCCGUUGGCCUUAGAUCUUUGUGAAGAAUAUCAUGUAUUAGACUGUAAAUGUUCAUUCGAUGAUAGCGCAGAAUUCAGGCAAAAAGAAUUGUUCGCUUUACGUGAUAUCUCCCAGAUGGAUCCUAAUGAAGUCCGAGCAAGUAAAUUCGAUCUAAAUUAUAUAGCUCUCGAUGGAAAUAUAGGAUGUAUGGUAAAUGGGGCUGGAUUAGCCAUGGCUACUAUGGAUAUAAUACAACUCUAUGGUGGUUCGCCAGCCAAUUUUUUAGAUGUAGGCGGUACUGCUACUGCAGAAGCUGUUAAAGAAGCUAGAAGCCAUUUUCGUGAAUAUAUUCGGUGGUAUUAUGAGAUGCGACAUAAUUGCUCAAGGAAUUAUUGACGCAUCGAAAGACUUGAAUUUGAGUUUACCGAUAAUUGUAAGAUUGCAAGAAACGUCAAGAAAGGUGGGGACAUGAAGGCGCAGCUUACGCUUGGCAGUCCACUGCCACUGUUUAGUAAGAUGGCUACUAUGUUGUCACGGUCCAUCUCACUUGCUGAGAAUCUUGCCCGAUUCAACGGCUCUAAGAUACUAAGAUGCAAGACAAACAUAGUGAAGCAACCAGUAAGGAAUCUAAAUGUGCACGAGCACAUCAGCUACAGCCUUUUAAACGAAGCUGGAGUGCCAACUCCAAAAUUUGGAGUUGCAAAAACUCCUGAUGAAGCAGCAAAACUUGCUGCUGACUUAAAAAGCAAAGACAUCGUUUUGAAGGCGCAAGUUUUAGCAGGUGGUAGAGGAAAAGGUCAUUUUAAAGACACCAAUGUCAGUGGUGUAAAAAUGUGUGAAACGCCAGAAGAAGCAAAGAAAUUAGCCAGUCAAAUGUUAGGUAAAUUAUUAAUUACAAAGCAGACCGGUGAAGCGGGUAGGAUAUGCAAUGCAGUGAUGGUGACACAGCGUAUGUUUCCUCGCAAAGAGUAUUACCUCGCAGUCAUGAUGGAAAGAGCCUUUGGAGGUCCAGUUAUAAUAGCUUCGAGUCAAGGUGGUGUAAAUAUUGAAGAAGUUGCAGCAACUAAUCCUACCGCUAUCAUGUACGAGCCUAUCGACAUUCAAAAAGGAAUUACAAAAGAACAGGCAGAUCGUAUUGCCGUUAAACUUGGUCUGCAAAAUGUUAAGGAUUAUAUUUCCAAUAUCAUUGUAAAUUUGUAUCAAAUGUUCAUUAAGAAGGAUGCUCUUCUCUUAGAAGUGAAUCCUCUUGCAGAGGACAUUAAUGGAAACUAUUUUGCUUUGGACUGCAAGUGCAGAUUCGACGAUAAUGCUGAAUUCAGGCAAAAAGAAUUAUUUGCCUUGAGAGAUUGGUCUCAAGAAGACACUAAAGAGGUUGAAGCAGCUAAGUUUGACCUGAAUUACAUUGCACUCGAUGGCAAUAUUGGCUGUAUGGUUAAUGGAGCCGGUUUAGCUAUGGCUACUAUGGACAUAAUAAAACUACAUGGAGGAGAACCAGCUAAUUUCUUAGACGUUGGCGGUGGAGCAUCGACCUCUGCUGUAAAAGAAGCAUUUAAAAUUAUUACAUCCGAUUCACGAGUUCAUGCUCUCCUGGUUAAUAUAUUUGGUGGUAUUAUGAGGUGUGAUGUUAUUGCGGAGGGAAUUAUAGCUGCAACUAAAGAACUUAGUUUAAAAAUUCCUGUCGUUGUUCGAUUGCAGGGUACAAAUGUAGACGAGGCGAAAGCCUUGAUUGCAAACGCAGGAUUAAAGAUUGUGCCGAUCGACGAUCUCGACGAAGCUGCCCGAGUUGCAGUUAAAUUGUCCACGAUUGUUAAGUUGGCGCAAUCGGAGAAUCUCAGCGUUAAUUUCGAGAUACCUUCGAUUUCAUAGAUAUAGCGAAAAUUGUAAUUUACACGUUAUUACAAAACGAAGAAAAUCAAGAAUAUAUUCUCGAGCAUUGUUAAACGGUUGGAACAACAUUUGAAAGUAAUAAGUACAUAAUAAUUUCGAAUGUUAUUUCUGCGUUAUCUCUUUAGAAUCAUAUUUUCAGUGUUUCGAAUACCGCUGCGUGUCGCGCUGAAUAGAAGAAUGUUCGUCAAAUGUGUUCUAGACAAGACUUGUACUUUUCUGUAAGAACACACACAGCUUCUUCACAGUCCUGUAAAUGUUGAAUGCUAGAAAAAUUAUUCUGACUAUAUCCAUUCGAAUUCUUUGGUGUUGCUUCUUUUCCAAUGUAAGCACAAACUUACUGUUGACAGAAGUGUGUAGGCUUUUCCGAGGGUAUCAUUUAUUGCUUACCCAUCAACGGGUCUCUGUGAUUCAGUAUUAAAACUAAGUUAUAUGAUGUAUAUUUAUCAACAUAGCUAUAUAUUUUUUGCACGGAAAUUAAUACAACAUACUUUCAAUCAUUGUCCGCGAAGGAACCAAUUGUAAUACUAUCCACAAAAAAGAAAUUGUUGUAUGUAAGCUAUAUGUCAUCCUAGCAAAGGCCUGUUUAAUGUAACAUAGCAUACAUGUAGUUAUAUGUAUACAUAUAUAAAUUAUUUUACGUAAU